AUGAACCGCAAGACUGCCGCUGCCUUGGCCAUACUCGGCCUUGCAAACGCCGCUCCGUUCGUUGAUCCUGCAGUUAAUUCUGCAGUGUGUCCUGCAGUCGAUCUGGUUGUGGACAUCCUCCAUCUCUAUCCCUCAGCGACUCCAUUCUGCUCAUCAUUCUUGCACAUUCCUACCAUCACCACCACUAAGACUGUUUCCUCCACGGCAUCGUUUACCUCGGCUGCAACUACAACCAUCCUCACUACAGUAUCGACCUUUACUAGCUCCGCCGAUCCAGUCACUGCCUACUCUACCUUCGGAACUACGAUCACUACCUGCUCCAUUCCAGCUAGUAUCAGUACUUCUGGGGUCUGCGCAGGAUGUCCCGCUAUUCUGAAGAACAUCGCUUGUAGUGCAAUCUCUACUGCCUGCGGCUGUCUCGGCAUCCCAACUCCCACAUCGACAGUAACCCUGACCCAAGUGUCCUCGACCACCGCCUACCCUACUUCGACCAUCUAUUCGAGCAUCACAGCGACUGUUGUCACUACACCAACCACUACUCUUCCUACUACAUCAACCUCGACUGUUAAUUACUGUCCUACGCCUCCAAGCUGCAACAACGAGGGCAUCCGAUGGACUCCCGAGUAUCAAGCAACGGCUUCCGUAUGUGGUGGACUGUAUGCGAACGAUGUCGGGGAGAUAUCCAUUUACGGAAGCACCCAGACCUUCGAGUCUGACUACUUCACCUUGAACCACGUUGGAUAUAUCUUCGCCCAAUCGAGUGGCACCUAUACCUUUACCCUCACCCAGCCUGACGAUAUUGCCUUGUUAUGGCUCGGUUCGAAGGCAUACUCGGGAUGGACUCGUGCUAAUGCCGAUGCGACCGCUGUUAUCGUGGGCAGGCCUUCGGCUUCCGCUACCGUCGAUCUCGUUCAAGGACAGUACCUGCCAUUCCGUGUUGUCUUCGGUCAGGCCCAGGGAGCUGUUAGCUUCUACCUCACUCUCACGGCUCCAGACGGUACUGUGAUUUUGAACAGUGAUACUCCCGACUCGCCCUUCCUGGUCCAGUUCUCUUGCGAUGGCACUUCAGCACCUGCAUUCCCUGCCUUUGGAUCGGAGACUUGA